UAAAGGCGGUGUUCUUACCAUCUUCGUAUUUCUCAAAGCAUUUGAAAGGCAGUCCUCGCCGAUAAUGACUGCCUUGUGGUAGGUUCUUACCAUCUUCGUAUUUCUCAAAGCAUUUUUGGCACAACUGUUGUGAAUUAUCAUCCUUUAAAGCAAAUUAUGUUGUUUUCCCUUCUUUUUUUAAUGUUUCAAUAUUCUUCUAAUGUGGCCUCUCACAAGGGAAGGAAAUAUUGAUGGCAUGAACUGGUCCUGUUGUUGGCAUCAGGCACAUGCUAAAGUAGAACCUACCAUAAAUGGCUGUUUGUUUGUUUUCCUUUCAAAGAAGGAUGAAUAUAAGACAUUUUUAACCUUUUACAUGCAUAUGACUUAAUAUAUGUAAUCCCAAUUUUGUUUGCUCCCAUUGUGGUUAAAAAACAACCUUUUUUAACAUACAUGCCAACCUUGUACUUUGCUCUCUCUCUCUCUCUCUCACUCUCUCUCUCUCUCUCUCUCUCCAGUCCACCUGUCGAUUGGGGCUAUCACCUUUACCAUGCAUGUGACAUGAAUAGAGGCACAAGUACCGCCUAAUAUCAGUAUAAAAACAAAAAAGAAAACAGUUAAUCUUUCCAUCUCUAUGUGGGCUGGGAACCUUAAUGUCUGUGAACUAUUUAGCUGUAACUGUGAACAACUAAAUAUGGAGCUGCCAGCCCAGUGUAAGUAGAUUGAUAGCCCUGUUUUAAUGCUUUGUUAGAUAGGUGGAAACCAUCAGAAAGUCUGGGUGUAGAUAUAUGAACAGAAGACUAUCAAUCUACAUAAAUUAACAUUCUAUCCUCCAUGAGGCACUAAUUAUGAAGCAUUAUUAAUCUUAAUUGUGCUGUGUUUCACAUAGAAGUAGUUCUGAAUCUUCUGAGUUGAUUGAUGCUGCAUACUUGGACAUGAAUCUUGGUGCAAUGGCAUCACAUCAGUUACAACCGAUUCAUGAUUCUGCUAGAGUUCUUGAUGCAGGAUAACUGGCCCUCUGUUUUGUUUGCAAUGGCUGGUGGGGUGGUGCUCAGCCUUGGCAAUCUGUCUGCACAGUAUGCUUGGGCUUUUGUUGGUUUAUCAGUGACACAAGUGAUCACUGCAAGCAUAACCGUUGUUAUAGGCACAACAAUGAAUUACUUUUUGGAUGACAAAAUCAACAAAGCUGAGAUCCUUUUCACUGGUGUUGGUUGCUUCUUGGCUGCGGUUUGUCUUGGCUCUGCUGUUCACGCAUCCAAUGCAGCUGAUAAUAAAGAAAAGCUAAAAAAUUUGCCAAGUGGUUGUAUAGUUGGAGCUGAGUAUGCCUCUUUCCUUCAUAGUUAUGAAUGGAAUUGUGCUGAUUUGGAGCUAAAGGUUUCUCAUAAAGCCAAAGCCGGGACUGCUGGUUUUCUCAUAGAACUAGAGAACAGAAGAGCUAUUAAGGUGUUUGGGAAGAGCACUUUAAUUGGACUGGCCAUAGCUUUCUUUGCUGGUGUCUCCUUCUCUCUAUUCUCACCAGCAUUCAAUUUGGCGACAAAUGACCAAUGGCACACUUUAAAGGAAGGGGUUCCUCACUUGUCAGUCUAUACUACAUUUUUCUACUUCUCAGUCUCUUGUUUUGUCCUUGCCAUCAUUCUAAACAUCACCUUCCUUUACCACCCUGUACUAAAUUUACCUAGAUCGUCCCUUAAGGCUUACCUGAGAGACUGGAACGGCCGAGGCUGGGCCUUUUUGGCUGGGUUUUUGUGUGGGUUUGGCAAUGGUCUCCAAUUUAUGGGAGGUGAAGCUGCAGGAUAUGCAGCUGCAGAUGCAGUUCAGGCACUUCCACUCGUGAGCACUUUUUGGGCCAUCCUACUCUUUGGAGAGUAUCGAAAAUCAUCACGAAGAACAUAUAUAUUGCUUGUCAGUAUGUUGUUUAUGUUUAUUGUAGCUGUUGGAUUUCUUAUGGCAUCAUCAGGGCAUCGAAAAUAAUCAUGCUGCUGAAAGAUCGUUGUCUGGAAAUUGUAUAAAACACAAGUAAUCAAUCCAACGUGACUGUGAGAGCUUCACAGCCAACAGGAUACAGUUCGCUCAAAA